AUGGUGAUAGUAACAACCACAGGAUAUAUUGUUUCUGUAUUUGGUCCGUACUUAUCGGACAAUAAAAAUAACGAUGCUGCUAUUGCGAAAGAUAUACUUUUGAAGAACAAGGAAGAUAUUUUACACUGGGCAGAUGAAAAAGAUAUUAUGGUGGUUGACAGAGGUUUUCGGGAUUCGGUUGGAGUGAUGCAAAGUUUAGGGUUUGAUGUCGCUAUGCCAGAGUUUUUAGAUGGGAGACGAAGAUUUGACACGACGGACGCUAAUCGAUCAAGAUUCGUGACUAAGAUAAGAUGGGUUGUGGAGUGUGUAAAUGGAAAACUUAAACAUUUUAAUCUGUUGAAUAAAACCCUACAAAAUUCUACUAUUAGUCAAGUACGGGAUUAUCUUCGGAUUGUUUGUGCUUUGAUUAAUGCUUAUGGAUCUCCAAUGGUUACACCCUCGCCUUACACUGAUAAAAUAGCAAAAUUUAUGUUGACAUCUCUAAAACAAGAAAAUCGAAUUCGACUACGUGUGGAUAAUAAUCAAUAUAAUUGGAAAGAUAUUAAUGCUAGCAAUCUCGUAUCAUUUCCAGUUUUAACACUGGAUGAAAUACGAAGCUUAACUCUAGGUGAGUGA